AAAUAAAAAAAGUAAUAAGAAAACGUUACGACGUUGAUCUUACGCUAUGAUUCAAUUCAAUACCAUUUCUUUCUGAUUUUCCAGAACUACAACAAAAAUCUCUUUCUCAAAUUUCCCUUUCAUCUUCAACCCUCUCUCUCUCUCUCUCUCUCUCUCUCACAAUUAUUCCUUCUUCCUCUACGGUUCUGACUCAGUUAUGGCGUCGAAACGUAUCUUGAAGGAGCUCAAGGAUUUGCAGAAGGACCCUCCUACGUCAUGCAGUGCAGGUCCUGUGGCCGAGGACAUGUUCCACUGGCAAGCCACAAUCAUGGGACCGGCUGAUAGCCCAUACACAGGUGGUGUUUUCCUAGUUUCAAUUCAUUUUCCUCCUGAUUAUCCCUUCAAGCCACCCAAGGUUGCUUUUAGGACUAAGGUAUUCCAUCCAAACAUCAACAGUAAUGGCAGUAUAUGUCUCGACAUUCUUAAGGAACAGUGGAGCCCGGCACUAACUAUUUCCAAGUGCAACUGCAAGCAUGUCAUACUGGCGAGGAACUGGAUUUUGUCCUUUGAGAAGGUGUGGGUGGGGACAUUGGGCAUGGAAAAUAAAAGCAUUGUCAUGCCCAUUAUCAAUUAUGACUUAUUUCAACUUACUCUUACCAAGAAAGAUAGGUGGCAAAAAAAAUUAAUAUCAGAAGAUGUUUCGGUUUAUGUGUAAGUUUUGAUUUUGGGUGGGUUUGAAUUUAUUUAUUAACAUAAAAGUAUUAAGAGCUUAAAAGAACAACUUAAGGCAUGUUUAAAAACUGAUUUUAGAUUUUUUUUAGAAUAUAAGUAACUUAUAAAUAGGUGUUUAAUUAAAAUAUUUAUCCAAAUUGGACCUUAAGCUUUCACAUCAUGUUUGUGUACCUUUAAUAAUGUUGGAAUCAUGCAUUCCCUAUUUAUAUAUAAUUUCCUA